AUGAGCAUACCUCACGUCGUAAGCAAUACCCAGAAGAGGGCAUCAGUAGAGGUUCCCUCGGCGUUCCUAGUUGCAGAAAAUGGCGACGUUACUAAGGCUUCAGAGCGCUAUGAAGCCACAUUAGCGUGGAGGAAGCAAAUGAAACUCGAUUCUAUCCUGACAACGCCGCAGACUCACUACAACAACAUCAAAAUGAACUACACGCAAUUUCUUCACAAACAUGACAAGCUCGGCCACCCGCUCUACUUCGAGAAAAUAGGCUCCAUCAACAUGCCUCAGCUCAAGAAAGUUGGCGUCACUCUCGAUACAUUGUUUAACCACUAUUUAUUUGCAAUGGAGUUCGCGCUCAAGUACGCUGCUCAUCAGAUUUGUCCAUGUGACGCAUGUGCUGCGAGCGAGACGCAAAAAAUGUGCAUCGUGCUAGACGCGCGUGGUAUCGGCAUGCGCGACAUGGGCGGUGAGGUGUUCGAGUUUGUUCGUCGGUGCACGGGUGCGAUGCAGCGCCACUAUCCGCAGCGGUCGUUCAAGAUCUUUAUCGUGAAUGUACCUUCAUGGUUCGGGAUGGCAUGGAAGGGCUUGAAGCCGCUUUUGAAUGAGGCGACUCGCGCGAAGACGAAUAUUUUGACGGAGAGCGAGACUGCUGCCGGGUUGCUGGAGUUUGUUGAUGCGGAGAACUUACCAGUGGAGUACGGCGGUACGUGCUCGUGCUCUGGUGGUUGCGCGACACAUUCUUCUUACCAGCUUCUACAGCGAGCAUUGGUUGAAAGCGUGUUAGAGAACAAGCCGUUCAAGCAGGACGAACUUGUUGAGGCGAUCGCACAUGAGCGUUCCGGUGUGAAAAGGUCCAAGAAGCAACAACAAGUUUGCUCCUAUCGUGGUCAUUACCACGUACUUCGAGAAGUUUUAUCGAGAGAGAUGGUCGUGUAG